AUGCCUGUGAGUGAUACAAAUCAACAACCUGGUAGUGAUGAGACUGUUGUCGCCAAUUCACAAGCAAAAAAUGGUUCGAGUGCAGACACAUCCCCUAACCAAAGUUAUGGAUCUACCACAGGAGACAACAAUGGAUCGCACGUGGAUAUCAAUAUCGAACCAAGUGAAUCGCCUGAUGAUGUAAACCUGAAUAAGCCACAGACGUACCCCAUAACACCUCAAGAGCUACAUUCAAAUACCAAUGAAAACAGCUUAUUGUUGCCAUUCAGCCGAAGCCAUCCGGAUGAUGACGAUGAUGAUAGGAUGAGCAAAAUUAUCAAGUUGGCCAAACGACCAAGUUUUAUUUGGAUAUUUAGUCUAGGAAUUCUAGCUAUUAUAAUCUUCCAGUUGACUUUCUUGCCAAGGACUUCUUUGUCCAGGGAUUACAGACGCUGGCACGGAAUACAUUUGACAAAGUCUGACGUCAAGAGGUAUUUUUUACAAUUUACAGGUAUUGGUAAUAGUCACCGUGAUCUAACCACUGAAGAGUAUAUUGACAACUGGUUGUAUGACUUUACCACCAUCAAUAACAAGGCAAAAUACAAUCUAUUAUCGAAUAACAAUCCUGAAUUAAGUCACUAUGUUGAAUCUAACUUUAAAGAAUUUGGCUUUAUUACGGAGAAGCACUGUUAUGAGGUCGAUGUACAAGAACCGCUUGCGUCAAUCAUUAAAUUGCGUGAUACUGAAGAUGAAGUUGUAUAUCAGUCAGAAGUCGUGGAGCCGAAAUUUAAAACACCAGGAUUCUUCAGCUAUGGUAUGGAGGGGAAUGUCACAGCUGGAUUUGUGUUUGUCAACUACGGUACACCCGAGGAUUAUAACUUGUUAUCAAGCAACAACAUUGAUGUAAAGGGAAAGAUUUUCAUUAUAAAGAGUCACCUUGAACAAAGGAAUAUCUCUAUUGGUGAAAAGGUUGUAUUAGCUGAGCAUCAUGGAGCUGUAGGGGUGUUGACAUUUUUUGACUCAGAUACGUUCGGCAAUGAAGAAAUAAUGUCGUCCAAUAUGAAUUUAGCAAUUUCAAGGGAUUGUAAUAGCGAGGGGGCAAAAAUUCCAGUGGUUCCAAUAAGUAAGAAAUUGUUACAUCCAGUGCUUGAUUCUCAAAUGGACCUGUCUUACAAAUGGUCAUUUGACAAAUGGGAAUAUAAGCCAUCUACGAACUCUAAAUUCAAGUUGGAGCUUGAUAGUGUUUUUGAAAAAUCCAAACGGGCAAAGCUAACAAACAUUGUAGGAACCUUAAAGGGUAUUAUGAAUGAUGCUGAUGUCAUUAUUGGAGCUAGACGCGAUUCAUUGACCUCGAAUAAUCCGUUGUCAGGACAUGCGAUCUUAUUUGAAAUAAUGAGAAACUAUCAACGAUUGAUUGAAAAAGGAUGGAAGCCAUUGAGAAAUAUCAAAUUUGUAUCUUGGGAUGGUUCAUACAUGGAUUCGUUGGGAGUCAAGUUAUUCACAAAUGACACUAAUGUAUUCAAUCCCAAGAGAUCAGUUGUAUCAUAUAUCAAUCUUGAUGCUGACACGGUGACUGGAAGCAAGUUUGACGUUGACUCAAAUCCGUUAAUCAAUCACUUGUUGAAAAGGACAUCAAAGUAUAUCCCCAUUCCCAAACGUGCAGCUUUUUUAAAGACCUUGGGUAGAGAUGCAGAAUUGGAAUUAUUUGACGAAAGAAUUGAUGAUGAUGUACUUGACCUCUUUGAAGAUGACAACGACGACGACGACGAUGGUGAUGGUGAUGACGAUGACAAGGAGUACACAACGUUGCACAAAUACUGGAUGAAACAAGAUAAUGCAACAAUCAACAACAAUUUGGGCUUGCCUUUGAUUGACUCGGAAGCAAGAAUCUUUCAACAACACUUAUCGACCCCCAUCAUCAACUUGAAGUUUAGUAAUGAUGAAAAAAGAGAUAGCGCUAAGUACAUUCCAAACUCAAACUACUACUCACGCGACUGGUUGAUCAAACAGGAUAUUGAUAAAGAUUUAUUGCUACAUGGAUCAUUAAUCAGAUUCGUAGGACUUUUGGCUAUAAAUUUAAGUGAGCAUGAGGUUGUUGAUUAUAAAACAUUUAAGUACCUCAAGUUGAUUCAGUCAUUUUAUCUUCAGUUAUUGGAGAUAGAAAAAGAGAAAUUAUCUCGAUGGAAGAAUAAAGUAGUUUCAAACUAUCUUAUUUAUAAGAACUCGAUUUUCCAAGAUCUUGACACUGACGAAGAGGUCCAUUUCCAUCAAAUUGUCAAUCAAUUCACGCUGCUAGUGAAUGAGAUGGUAGACCUGUCAAAAAACUUUGACAAAUAUAAUGAACAUGUUGAGGAAGGUUUGAGUCAAGAUUACCCAUGGUAUAUGUAUUACAAAAAAUUGCAACACUUUGCUCAGUUUAAAGUCACUAACUACAAGCUUUCACAUUUGGAAAAGGAUUUGAAAUUGACGGAUCAAGAUUACACAUAUUUAGAGAGCAAAGGUCCACCUAAUAAUGCUAACGUUGAAUCAACUUUGGACAACCGUGGCCAAGAAUGGAUGUCCUCACAUAGACUCAAAGGGAUCUUGGAUGGUUUUAAGAAUAAAAAAUUUUACUACAAUUCUGUGAUCUAUAGUGUACCCAAAUUCAACGUUGAGCACAACAAGACAUGGUAUGAUGAACGUUUGCUAAAAGGUACAUUCACUUAUUUGUAUGCGGCGAUUGAUGAUGGUGAUUAUGAAUCCACUGUAAAGUGGUUUGUUUUAAUUUAUGAAAAGUUGACAAAUAUAAACUAUAAAAUGACUUAG